GGAGAAAAGUUACCCGCCUUAGAAAGGCAGGAUGGGUUAGAGAUUUGGGGAUUUUUUAAAAUGUCAGAUACAGCUAUUGGCUUUUCAUAUAAUAAAAGCCAUUUAACAUGGACAUUGGCCACCUAAUGAGAAAGAAGGACCCACUGGAGAAGAGCCUAAUGCUGGGAAAGAUUGAGGGCAAAAGAAGAAUGGGACGACAGAGAACGAGGUGGCUGGAUGGAGUCACUGAAGCAGUAGGCGUGAGCUUAAAUGGACUCCAGAGGAUGGUAGAGGACAGGAAGGUCUGGACGAAUGUUGUCCAUGGAGCCCGAUGGGUCGGACACGACUUCGCAACUAACAACAACAUGGACCAAAACUGCCGGCUGGAGAACUAGUCUCUUGAUCAAUUAACUUUCCUGUGCAAAGGAAUACAUUCUGUAUAAAAUAUUCAGUCAUGACCAUAUGAAUUACAGUAUUCUUCCUCCUUUUAAAUUUGUCUAGGAACAUUAUUCCACCUCUAAAAUAUUUGUUUUAUCGAAGUUGCUUUAUCAAAUGCAUGGUCUAUAGUCUGUAGAACAUUGGCUUUAAAUACAAGCUUCACUACUUUUGCUGUCAUACUUUGGGAACAUAACAGAUGUAAAUAACAUGCUUAAUUAACGGAGGGCCAGCCGUUCUGAAUCUGAUCGAACACUAGUAAGGUCUCAUAUUCAGACCUAUCUAGUGGCGAUGGGAGCGGCGAAGCGUGAGUAUUUCUCCGCUCUUAUUGCGUCGCCAGAUAACCGCCCAGCAGCCUUGUUUAGGGUGACCCGCUCCCUUCUUACUCAGGGACUUAGGGAAGACCCCUUGCAAGGCUGUGCUGAGGACUUUGGACAAUAUCUGCACGAUAAAAUUGCUCAGAUUCGGGAUGGGCUGGACACAGAUAGGGUAGUCUCAGAUGGGAUGAUGGAGGCGGUUCUUGAGGCUGUCAUCUGGGAGGAGUUUGACACUGUGGCUCCCGAUGACAUGGACAGGAUACUGAGGAGGCUGAAUGCAACCACAUGUUUACUGGACCCGUGUCCCUCCUGGCUGGUACUGGCCACACAGGAGGUUACACGAGGCUGGCUCCAGGGAAUUGUUAACGCUUCUCUGAGGGAGGGUGUCUUCCCUACAGCCUUGAAAGAGGCUGUGGUGAGACCCCUCCUCAAGAAGCCCUCCCUGGAUCCAGCUGUUUUAUCGAACUACCGUCCUCCAACCUCCAACCUUCGUUUUGUGGCGAAGGUUGUUGAGAGUGUGGUAGCGCAUCAGCUCCCUCGGUACCUGGAUGAAACUGUCUAUCUGGACCCGUUCCAGUCCGGCUUCCAGCCUGGAUACAGCACUGAGACGGCAUUGGUCGCAUUGGUGGAUGAUCUCUGGAGGACCCGGGGCAGAGGUUGUUCUUCUGUCCUGGUCCUAUUAGAUCUUUCAACAGCUUUUGAUACCAUCGACCAUGGUAUCUUGCUGCAGUGGCUAGAGGGCUGUGUGCCCAUAUUCAUCCAAGAUCGUCCUACCACUCUUCAAGGAGAGGAAUUAGUGGGCGGGGACGUGGCCAGCACCACAGCGACACAGGGUGAAACUUCGGGGCUCUGA